AUGGACGUCUGCACUCUCUCGCCGACGACGGUUGUCGGCUUCAACAGCACCGGCAACAGCACGCUCCUUCUCAGUGAUUUCGAUGCUUCUCGUCGCAAUAUGGCGCCCUGUGGCGCGCCGACAUAUCUGAGGCCGGACCCUGGUGGCUGCCUCCUCCCUUGGCCAUAUACCAUGGCAUGGAUCCUCAUACACUUGCCAGUGACUGUGUUGCGAGUGACGAGGUGGGAGAAGGUACAGACGCUCUCGAUCAUCUUGGCAUUCUUCAGCGUCUAUUUCACAAUCCAGGCGUACACCACCCACCUUGUCCCCGACCAGAUUAUGGUCUGGAUGCCGCUGGCAAUUGUGCUGGACAUUGGGGCCAUGAUGCAGCUCGUGUUCCUCGUUGUCGAGGAGAAUGGCGUUGCUCUUCUCUGGAGUGCGCUGAGGGAGUCGAUUAGUCGCCCUUUCAUCCGCCACCAGACAGGAGACAUGCCAUUGCCGAGCCGAAGGGGGCAAAUGAGUGAGAGGUCAAAGAUCCCGGCAGACCGUGGCCUUAUCGGCCAGGCCUGGCUGACGAUCCUCGCGCUCACACUCCUCCUGACUCUACUGAUCCUCCAGCUCAUCGGCCUUGCUCUAGCUGGAAAGGGGCGCGACACCGCGGGACUCAAGGCCACAUGGUGUUCGCCAAUGUUCCAGACUGCCGAAUCUGUCCUUGUCAGCUGCGACGCGGACCCUUACUUUGUCGAUAAAAGCGCCAGCCAGGGAAUCGGCUGCAUAUUUCUGCCUGCGGAUGAACAAUAUCGCUGGCUAAAUGCCACUGUUGCCGUGCUGUCCCUGAGCCUCAUUUUCCAGCUCUUUGAUGCUGCGAUCCUAGUCAUGGUAGGCAAUAAUACGCGGUGGUGGAGGGCGAGAAUGAAGAGGCCGUGGUUUACUAUGUUCGCUGGGAACGCUAUUCUGCUGUGCAUCCUGAUUGUGGGCGUGGUCAGCAGCUCCCAGCUUCCCAGCAGCGUUAAUCGUGUGGUAUGGGUUUUCAAGUACGAAUCGAGCAUUCACUCGGCAACCGUCUGUCGAGGCACGCUAAUCUCGGCGGGGGUGAGAGGCUCGAUUAUUGGUUGGACUGACGGGUUCUUGCACAGCUGGGGAAAGGCUUACGGGGGAUUUUGA